AUGUCCAUCGCCCGCAACGCCGCACUGCUCUCAGCGAACUUUGUCGCCGCCAUCAUGUGCAUCUCGCUGAACCGCGAGACCUUCAAGUCCUUCCCGUUCCCUGCAGCGCUCACGACGCUGCACUACGCUCGCCAUAAUUUCUACCUCCUCGUGUGCUGCUGGAGCGCGUGCAACGCUCUCUCCAACGUCUCGCUCGACCGAAACUCCGUCGGCUUCUACCAGCUCGUUAAGAUCCUUGUGACACCAUCGCUGGUCGCAUUUGACUUUGUGGUGUACGGGCGGCGCACGACGCUGCUGCAAGGCGUCGCGCUGGUACUCGCCUGCCUCGGUGUGGGCGUGGCAAGCGUCGACGACGUGCAGGUCAACGCCUAUGGUGCGCUCAUCGCGUGCUCGGCAGUCAUCACCGCGGCGGCACAAAAGGUGCUCAACAUGCACGUGCAACAGGUCGGUGGGCUCAGUGCGCUGCAGGUGCUGAGCAACGCGCUCCCCGCCAUGACGCUCCUCUCCCUCGCCUACGUGCCGCUGCUGGACCGGGACCUGCCGCACCUCGCCACCUGCGAUUGGGCGACCACGUCGGCGACGGCCAUCUUCGGGCUGAUUAGCGCGCUGGCACACGUGCUGCUUGGGCAGGUCAAAACCUGCUCCGUCAUCGUCGUGGGCGCGCUCUUCUACGACGCUCCUCCGACGCCGCAGGACUCUGCAGGCAUGGCGGGGGCAGCUCUCGCACUAUUGGCCAUCACCGGCUUCUCGCUGCUGCGGCUGCCCGCCAUUGGUGCGGCAGCGGCCAACGACGACGUGGCGCUGCGCCUGCUAGCCAGCGAGGAGGGAGAGGGCGAGGACAGUGAGGCGAGACUACUCUCCAACGCGAGUGCCUUCGAGGCGCCGACGGGAGUGCAGGAGGGAAGCACCAAAUGA